AUGGGCACCAGCCAGCGCCAGGCCUACGAUAUAUCUAAUGUCCCCAUCCCUAAGACAUGUUAUUCAGACUGUAAAAGUGCCGACGACGAAACACAACUCUCCGGGUCGAUUAUGAAUCCCGAUCCGUUGUUUGAGACGGCCAAUGAUUAUUGUGGCGGGUGCCUGAAUAAAACCGCCUUUUUGCCAACCGCUGUUCCUGUGGCAGUAGGUGUGAGCACAGUCUUGGUGACAGAACUUGUCGAAGAUGGCGACAGAGAGACGGUGUAUAGCACUGUGUUACAGAAAACGGUGUAUGGGACGAAAUUGGUAGACAACGUUACCCCCGGCGUUGGCUCUUCCACUGCUACAACUUCUACACUAUCGUCCAAUGUUACGAGCCAGCAAACCAUAGCUAGGAAGACCACAACUAGUACGACCGCAACAGCAUCUGGCAACGCGCCACCAACCAAUGGGAUAGCUCUGUCGAACCAAGGUGCAGUGUCCCAACGGGAUGUAAUCCACUGGCCUCAGACAGUGGGCGCCGUGCUGGGCUCGGUAGCAGCGCUGGCUAUUCUCGCGAUUGCUAGCUCUUAUUUUCGAUACAGGCGGCGGCGACGGCGGCGCUCUGAGGCAGUGACGCCCGAAACCGAAGAGCCUGAGCUGGGCGACAAGGCGCAGCUGCACUCGGAAUGCGUCCCGUAUCUGCAGCCGUACGAAUUGCACGAGACGGCACGGCCGUGGGAAGCUGGCGGCAGCGAGAAAUUCGAACUCCUGGCGGUCUUACCGGUAGAGCUUUAUGGCGAAACGAGCAUGAAACCAGAAUUUGCGGCAUCACCGGUGAGCACGGAAAUGGCUGGUGAAUACAGGAGAGGACGAUAG